AUGGCUCCGUGUCUACAAGAACAUCUGGCUAAUAAAGGGAGACAUAACGAAGCCAAGCAGAUGGGCUCAAAGCCAACAUGCCAGGGGAUGAUGUUGGAGGAAACCUCCUGCCCAGACUGUGCUGGACUACCUAAAGACUCUCGGUCCUUCUGGGAGCCUUUGGUUGCUUUCUCCAGCUUGUCUGCUCCAAGGUGUUGUCCUGCCUUCACGGUAGGGUGACCAGAGGCUGAGCAGCCUAGGUCUGGGUUGUCUAGGGUCUGUGCUUUCAUUUUCCUCCUUAAAUCUCUUCAUCGUCUCUUGCAAUCAGUCUAACUCCAGAAGAGAGCCCAGCGCCUUGAAAUCACUCUAAGCCUGUUGCUGCUCACGCCAGCCGCUUCCCCGGAGGUUUAAUCCUGGCUGCAGCUCCCUGCCUGUGCUGCCUGGCUAGUGACAGGAGCCCAGCUGCCCUUGUUUUGGCACCUCACCGGGCCAUUUGUCCUCAGCUUGAUGGGGACAGCAUCUCCCAGGCACGUUUCACCUGGGCAGAGGAGCCGGGAUCCUUCUCCAGGAUGGCACGGAGGGUCCAUGGAGGGGGGCUCUCCUGCUGAGGCACGGCGGGUGCUGCGGCCCCCGAAGCAGCACAGCCAGAGCAGCAGCCGAACCUCUGGCCAGCCAGAGCACCUCGAGGCCACCCAUGGACCCCAUGCCAUUCUGGAGAGCAAGGUCAAGGCAUUGAAGGAGAAGAGGGGAGGUGGCCGACCAGGGACCCCCACAGCCACCCCUGAGCGUUCCUCACCCAAGAAGCCCCGUGCCCGGCGGGGGAAGCUGGGGGUGGAUGCGGCAGUGGUGGAGCCGCGGACUCAGCUCUGCACCUACCUGACAGAUGGGCUGCUGGAUGGUGAGGAGCCUGUGGCUAGCAGCCCCUCAGCCCCCAGUGUCAGCACCCCAGGGCUCUGGCGGGUGCCAGCACCCAAGGGAGAUGUGCUGGGAGGCACCAAGCUCUCCCUGGAUGAAGGCAUUGGAUCCCAGGUCUCUACCUCCCUUCAUGCGAGAUCCACUCUGGAAGAAAAUGCACGAACCCCACCACGGGACAGAAGGGUUCCCUCAGUGUCCCCCACCACGGUGGGGGGCUGGGAAAGGCUCUCUCUGUCUGAGCGGGUUGAAAGGAACCGGCGGCUUCUGCAGGAGGUGCUGGGCCUCACUGUGCCUGAGGUACCAGCAAGUGAUGGGGACUGGGAUUCGGGAGUCUCACUGCAGGAUGCUGAGGGCUGCAGGGCCUUUGUCCCUGGGCAGGAGCUCGAGCUGAGCCCGCGGCACGAGCAGGCCAAGCAGCUGCUGCAGCGCGCCCGCAUGAAGGCUCGCACGAACCCCCUGCGCGCCAGCCACGACAUCCUCCUGCUCUCCACCGCUGUCCCGCACCCCAGGGAACCCAGCGGGAGGCUGAGCAUCGCCCCGCGGGACGGCGGGAGCCUGAGUGACUCAUCGAGCGGGGAGUCGAGCUGCGACCGGCCACGGCGGCCACGGGGCCCCUCUCCAUCCCGCGUCCGCUUCGAGGACGAGUCGGCCCGGGACGCUGAGGUGCGGUACCUGGAACGGCUGCAGCUGCGCCACCGGCGGGCGCUGGGCUCAGUGUUCUCCUCACCGGAGACGGCCGGCGGUGGGCAGCCAGGGGACAGGGCCAGCCAGCCCAAAGCCUGGAGCAGUGACCUUGUGGCUGGGGGCAAGUGUAGUGCCUGUGGCUCCUUCCUUGGUGCCAGCACCAGCCGAGUCACGGACACGCCGGCAAACACCAACGAGGCUGAAAGUAGCCCUGCAGCAAAAGGAAGCAUCCCAGGGGAUAGUGAGGGGCCAAGUCCUGCUCGUCCAGAGCCCAAAAUCAGGGCUCUGGGCCCCCACGGGUCCCCGCUGUGGAUCCUCCCCUCCCGGCAGCGCAUCCAUACCGAGAAGAUCAAGGAGACCUACAUCGGGGAUGUCACCUACAUCGACGAAGUGGACUCAGCCCUGGAGAGCACUGACACCUCUGAUGGCUGCCGGACAGACAGUGAGGAGGCAGGACCUCACAGCCCCCACCCACGGGGGCACCAGAACCCCCGGGCUCGUGGGCACAGGGCCCCCAGUGUUGUCCCUCACACGGAGGCACGAGCUGGGAAGGGGACGUGUGUGGUCAGUACUGGCCCCCGCACAGGAGACAGGGACUCAGGUAGUGCCACAAGCCAGGUGGGGGCUGUUUCACCACCACCACCAGGGACAACCAGCAGCAGGGAGGAUGGGGACCCCCACCAGCGUUCAGGGGGCAGCAAGGGGGUGGGAAGCACCCCUCAUGCCCCACAGCAGACCAGUGAGACCUCAAAACCCUCCUCACAGCUGGGGCCUGCCACCCCCAUGCUAGUCACCCACCUCCCUAUGCCCCCUCCCACCAAAAAGGCCUGCUCCCAGGUGCCUUGCAGGAAAGCCCUCUUCUCCAGUGGCAGCUGGGCAUCAAGCCAAGCCCAAGACCCAGAGCCCAAUGGUGAGAGUGCUGCCUCCUGCCAGCCUGGGGGCACAACAGGGCCAGGGGAGCGGCGGGGUCCCUGCAGCCCCAGGUGGCUCCCAAGGAGCCCCCUCCGUGCCUUGUCCACCAACAACUGCAACAAUACCCAUGGGCAGGACCCCUCAGAGAUGGACAGAGGUAAGAGAUCCAUACAUGGGGGUGCCUGGGGGAUCAGCAGGUCCCCACUGAGGCAGGGACGUCAUUAUCUUGCUGUGGUUAUAGAUGCACCAUCACAUCCCACCUCACAACCCCAGGAGGCUGCUCGUCCCCCUGGGAAAGUUGCUGGAAUGCCUGGAGCACAUCACUCGGCCGGGAGUGCAGCACAUGGGGAGCCGGGGCAGCCAGCCAGCCGCAAGAGCAGCAGCGCUUCAGCCUCGGGGCUGAAGAAGCUGCUGUGCAGCCUGAGCCAGAGCACCAAGCAGCGCCUGGGCCGCUUUCGCUGCUACAGCAUGGAGCAGCUCCCGGCCCCCGACGCCACCCCUCCGGAUGGCCCCAGCAUGAAGAAGUCACCCUCCCUGCAGUCCCUGCGGCUGGUGUCACCCUUUUGCCAGUCCCAAAAGACCACCUCUGUCCAGAACCUGCACCCCCUCCUGGGCAAGGGAUCCCGUGCCAGUGCCUACCUCCUGCCACAGACCACAGCUGACAGGAAGGGGGGCUCGGGGCCACGGCGCUCACUGAGUGUGGAGGACAUUGGGGCGCCGGGCAGGCUGCGUGCAGUGGGACGUGUGGUGGAAGUCUUCCCCGAUGGCACCAGCCAGCUGGAGCUGCAGCGACCCCCCAGCGGCACCUUUGGGUUCUGUGUCACCUCUGGGAACGGCCGGCCUGACACAGGUGUCUACGUGCAGGAGAUGGCAGACGCUGGCACGGCCAAGCUGUACGCAGGGCUCCUGGGCAUUGGAGACGAGAUCCUGCAAGUCAACGGCGUGGCUGUCUCGGGGCUGGGGCUGGCCCGCAUCCAGGAGCUGCUGCUCCAGGCGGACUCCUUGUCCCUCCGCGUGCUCAGGCACCGGCCUGCACCACGGUAG